CCCCCAAAAAUACCCCAACGACUAUCACAUCGCAUUUUCUCUUUGCUUACCCAACAAUACCCACUACUUUCAAAUCCCCAAUCUUCUUCUUCCACAACCCCUCAGUCUCCCGCUCUGUCAUAUACCAGAACGGCAGCCACUUCUUUCUCCAGCAUCCCUCCGAUCUCUUCAUUGUACACAGCUGCUGUUGCUGUUGCUAUGUGAUGUCUCUCCACCGAGGCUGCAACCUUUGAGCUCCUCUCCUCUCUCCGCUGCUGCUGUUCUCUCUACUCGCCCACUUUCGACCGCUACCUCUGUACUCUCUCUCCAACCUUUUGCUUUCUCUACGCACACCGCCACUGUUCUAUCCACCAGCAGCCUCCGCCGCCGCCUGCAAACUCUGCUGCCAGCACUGCAACGAAUAUCUCCUCCCUUCAGAAAAUUAGGCAAAAUUUCCAAGGCGUAGAGCCAAGAAAAUGGUCAAACAAUCAACUCAAUUGAAGGAACUUAAAACCCGAACGCAGCAACCUCAAUUCAAGGAGCUUGAAAUUGAAGUGGAGCGUCAAAUCAGUGCAAUUAGGGUGGUUCGUGAUGUUGAGAUCGAGCGAUUGUUGAUGGAACUUCGUUUGGUUCGGUCGUGUUUCAGUGAGGAACAGCUCCGGAAGCCAAUGCUGCAGGUCUUCGAAGAAACCUUACCGAAUCUCUCAAUUGUGAAAGAUGAAGGGAAUGGGAAAUUCGAUGUGAAGUGGAAAGAGAGAGGGAGCAGAAUGUCCACGACCUGUGGUGGUGUAGGAAGAGAUUUGCACGCUUCUCUGUUCCAAAGGCUUUCGAUUGCUUUUCCUUCGAAAUGUCCUGCUUCGGUUCCUCAGUUUGGUGGUUUUGAAUACUCCAGCAAUACUGGGAGAACAGGAUAUCUUGGUGAUGAAAAUCUUCAUUUUAAGGACUUUGUUUUUGAGGAGCCAUGUGAAGCUCAGACUCUCACAAGUCAAGAAGGUCUUCAGACUCCCAAUGUGAGUAGUCAGCGCUUGUCUGUUGGGAUGACACCCAAAACCCUUAGGCUGCCAAAACCUGGCGAGAUGCUUCUCUCUGUCCAUGGAUCACCUCUUGGUGUUUACAAGGAAAAUAACAUGGAAGCUAUAUAUGAGUCAGAAGAAGGUUAAAUGCCUGCUAAAGCUAUUAUUCGCACUGACAGUACCAUCCUCUUCAUCUCCUUAGAGGAUGGCCAUGUAAAUUUGGUGGCCCCUAGUUCAUCAUUUUUCAUCCAAUGUUCUACAGUUUUAGAUGAAUGCCAUUGACUAAUUAGAUCGAAGAAAUGCAAGUAUUGGUUUUCAGUUGCUAGACCAUUCUACAAAGUUGCUUAUACCAUAUAGUUUCAAAUUCAGUGUUGGUUUAUACUUGGGGAAGCAUAAUUGUUAGAUUAUUACAUAUUUACAUUGAGGUUCAGUUAUUUAGUCAGUAAUGAGAAUUAUUCUCCUAAAUAUGUAUGUUAGGAUUGGUUUCAUUCUGUUAAGAGUAGUACAGACUACUUAAAAUGAGUAUGUAAGUGAUAGCUAUGAUUGAUUGUAUUGGUCAAUCUCAUUUUAAAUCUAUGCUUAGAUUUUUCUCCCAGGCUA